AUGGCAGCGCUGCGUCGCGACGAUAACCGCGUCAUCGUCCAUUUCGACUACGACUGCUUCUAUGCCAGUGUUCUAGAAGCAGAGAACCCUACUCUGAAAGCUCUGCCAUUAGCUGUACAGCAGAAACAAAUUGUAGUCACAUGCAACUAUGAAGCUCGUCGGCGGGGUCUGAGGAAGCUACAGCUCAUCAAAGAGGCGAAGCAGAUAUGCCCUGAAGUUGUCAUUAUUGUUGGGGAAGAUUUGACCAAAUUUCGCGAUGUUUCGAAAAGUCUUUAUGGGUUCUUAAAGGGAUUUACUUGGACUCAGAAGGCAGAGAGAUUGGGGUUUGAUGAGGUUUUCCUAGAUGUUACAGAUAUGAUUGACUACAACAUGUCGCUGUUAAAUCAACAUGACUUGGCCAACUCAUUUUUCUGCUUGGAUAAACGAGAUCCGACAGUUGGUUUUGAAUUUGACGCCACGGGCUAUUACGGCCCAACUUAUCCCAAAUCCGCGGAUAAUCCCUUGUCUGGGAAAGUAGCUGACGAUAGCCAGCAUAAUUUGGCCCAACGUCUCAUAUUAGGCUCCCAUUUGGCAUACUAUAUGAGAUCCCGUCUCGACAAUGAACGUGGGUAUACAGCCACAGUCGGUAUUUCUACGUCAAAACUAUUAGCUAAGCUGGUCGGCAACGUACACAAACCGAACAACCAGACAACACUUAUUCCACCAUAUUCUUCUAGCGCUGGACCUGAAGAUAUAAGUAAUGUCAAUCGGUUUCUUGACGACCACGAAAUUGGCAAAAUCCCAGGUAUUGGAUUCAAGUCCGCCCAGAAGAUUAGGGCUUAUAUAUUACACCGCGAGGCCACAUUCGAGCCGUACACUGAAAGGGAUGAUAAAGAUAAAGUCAAAGUAGGAGAUGUUCGUCUCUUGCAAACAAUGGGUCCACAAAAACUACUUGACCUAUUAGGCGGCCCUAGUGCUCCUAGAGAUAUUGGCUUCCGUACGUGGGGGUUGCUGAAUGGCGUUGAUAAUAGUGAGGUUAUGGAAGCUCGGGCCGUCCCAACGCAGAUUAGUAUUGAGGAUUCGUAUAGGGGCCUUGAACAUUUUGAGGAUGUUAGAAAGCAGCUUCAACUUCUUUCUACGAGUUUAAUCAAACGGAUGAGAACUGAUCUGAUCGACGAGGAGGUCCACAAGGAUACGAAUCAAGAAGAUGGUACACGCUGGAUAGCUCACCCUCGUACCCUUCGGCUAUCCACCCGACGCAGAUCACCCAAGAAUGCAGAUGGUUCACGGGAUUAUAGUUACGCGAAUGGGCGAACGUCACGCUCGGGCCCUGUACCGAAAUACAUGUUUAGUCUCGCAGAGAGUGCCGAGGCGGUGGCAGAGAAGUUGGUGGAUGACUGCCUUGUAUCUAUGUUUCGAAAGUUGCAUCCAGAUAAGGCUUUUGGUGAGCUUAGCUUGAUCAAUGUCGCGGUCACUAACAUGGUGGAGACUGCGGGAGACAAUAAGCAGAGUAGUGGAAGAGAUAUUGGUAAAAUGUUCAAGAAACAGGGGCCUAUUUUCAGUGCGGCUGUUGGAAGGAAUCAUCAUGAUGGUCAAGUGUACGAGGGCUCUGCUUCUGGGAAUCCAUCGGAUGUAGCUGUUGGUACGCAGGUUGAUGAUACGACCUGGGAAGAGAGCGAUGACGAAGAUGUACCGUCUACUCAGUUGUGUGAGGUAUGCGGCAGUCGUAUCCCUCUGUUUGCUUUUCGCGCGCAUGCUCUGUAUCAUGCUGCCCCUGACUGA